AUGCAUCCCUCAACGCCAACUUCAUCUGUUUCGGCAACCCACACGCCGAUCUCAGCCUCUGACGACGAUGAGACUUAUACGACUUCCGACUCGUCAAUAUCUACAACAGAGGAAGAGCUUCAGAAUAAUGAUGUUGCAAUAAUUGGGUUUGCUUGUCGAGCUCCUGGUGGCAACAACUCCCCCGCUCAACUAUGGGAUUUUCUCCUCCAGAAGGGUGACGCUUGUGGGGAGAUCCCAGAAAUGCGAUGGGAGCCAUACAUGACCCGCCAACCAGGAAAUAAGGAUAUCCUGGCCCAGACUACCUCUAAAGGCUACUUUUUGGACAGACUGGAGGAUUUUGACGCGGCAUUCUUUGGUAUUUCACCUCGAGAAGCCGAGCUUAUUGACCCCCAACAGCGUAUUGCGGUAGAGGUUGCCUGGGAAGCUUUAGAGAAUGCUGGUGUUCCAGCAUCUAGUAUUGCUGGUUCUGACGCUGCUGUAUAUAUGGGAGUUGGCUCUGAUGAUUAUUCUCGACUGUUACUGGAAGAUCUUCCCAAGGUUGAGGCUUGGAUGGGAGUUGGUACUGCAGUGUGUGGUGUUCCAAAUCGGAUAUCUUACCUCCUCGAUCUUAUGGGGCCAAGUGUAGCAGUGGAUGCUGCGUGUGCGUCGUCGUUGGUCGCUAUUCACUACGCCCGACAAGCACUUAUUGAUGGGGAAACUGGGUUUGCUAUGGCUGGUGGUGUUAACGCCUUGGUUGGACCAGGUCUCACGAGGGUUCUUGAUGAGGCUGGUGCAAUUUCGAAAGAUGGUCGAUGCCGGUCAUUCGACGACUCUGCAGCCGGCUAUGGACGAGGAGAAGGUGCUGGGAUUGUUAUCAUGAAACGACUUGCAGAUGCUAUCAAUGACGGUGAUCGAAUUCUGGCAGUACUUAAGGGAUCCGCCGUUGGUGCGGAUGGGAGGACCAAUGGAAUUAUGGCACCAAAUCGGGACGCCCAGGAGAGAGUUGCCCGGAAAGCCUUGAAAGAAGGCGGAGUUUCAGCAGACACUGUUGGUUAUAUUGAAGCACACGCCACGUCGACCCCCAUUGGUGAUCCAACAGAGUGUGGUGCUAUGGCAUCGGUCUACGGAUUUGCGGCUCGUGAGCAAGGUUCCCAGCCAUGUUAUGUUGGUUCUAUUAAAUCCAACAUUGGGCAUCUGGAAGCAGGGGCCGGCGUCAUGGGCUUCAUCAAAGCAAUCAUGACCGUUCAAAAUGGCAUAAUCCCACCGCAGGCCAAUUUGACCACCCCCAAUAAGAAAAUUGACUGGGAGACCAACAUGCUCAGGACCGUCACCACCCCCACCGCAUGGAAAUCUCCGAGGCACGUCCGAAGGGCAGCAAUUGCGUCCUAUGGCUAUGGCGGCACAGUGUCGCAUGCUGUGAUCGAGGAAGCUCCCUUUGUUGACCAGGCUACUAGGCUAACGCAGCACGCUAAGGUGCCGACCGGAAGCCCAACAAUUCUUGUUCUUUCAGCGCCUCAGGAGUCUCGCAUUAAGGAUGCGGCCACUGAUCUAGCAUCUUGGCUGGAGGAUUCACCUGAGAGCGUCGAUCUUGAAUCUGUUGCCUACACACUGGCGGUCAAGCGCCACCACCACAGAUUCCGAUCGGUUGUUGUUGCCGAGAGCAAAAUUGAGGCUAUUCAACUUCUCGAUGAUCUGGCUCGAGGAAAAUUUUCCAACACUGUUUUCAGCGGUCGCACAUCCGGUAAGGAUUCUGAUCGUGGGGCUGUCUGGGUGUUCUCUGGGCAUGGUGCUCAAUGGAAGGAAAUGGGUGUUGCACUUCUCGAAAAUGAGCCAGUAUUUAAGGAUGUUAUUGAAGAGCUCGAGCCUAUAAUCCAAGAGCAACUGGGUUUCUCAGCAAUUGAUGCUCUCAACAAUGGAGAUUUUGAUGCAGUUGAUAAGGUUCAAGCCUUGACAUACGCCAUGCAAGUUGGCCUUGCGGCAGUGCUCAAAGCUAGUGGGGCUACUCCUAAGGCUAUUGUGGGCCACUCCCUUGGUGAAAUUGCUGCGUCUGUUGUUGCAGGUGCUCUUACCUUGGGGGAAGGAGCUUUGAUUUGCUGUAUCCGAGCUCGCCUGUAUGAAGCUGUGGCUGGUGAGGGUGCCAUGUACCUUGUCAAUAUGCCGAUGAACGAGGCCACCAAGCUUUUAGAAUCGUAUUCUGAUGUUGUCGUUGCAAUUGACUCGUCCGCUAGCUCCUGUGUCAUCUCAGGAAAACUACAAGCUGUGGAGAAUGUUGCAGCUCAAUGGACCACGGACGGCUACAAGCUUCACCGUGUUAAGUCGGACGUCGCUUUCCACAGCCCAACGCUGGCUCCUCUUGAGGCACCAUUACGGCAAAAGCUAAGUGACCUCAUUUUACCCACGGAGGCAACAAUCCCUCUUUAUUCAACCUCUCUCGACAACUCCCGAGACGCUGCUGCAAGAGAUAUCGAUUACUGGGUCGGCAACAUGAUCAAACCGGUUCGCCUGACCACCACAAUCGUUGAUGCUGCGGCGGAUGGCUACCGAACAUUCUUGGAAAUUUCAGCUCAUCCAAUUGUAGCCCAUUCAAUCAACGAAACUCUGAUGUCCUCCGACAUAGACGCCGCUGUUCUUCCUACAAUGCUACGCGGCAAGAACGUCCGAAAGUGUCUCCUCACGGCACUAGGCCGGCUCCAUUGCAUUGGUGAGCCUAUUUCUUUUAAGGGCGCUUUAGCUGGAGAGUGGGUCCCCAAUGUCCCUGCCACCAGAUGGAAUCACCAGCCUUAUUGGCGCAAGGUCACUAAUCCGGCUGCUGGCAAGGGCGCCACUCAUGAUCCUAAGGCACAUGUUCUUUUAGGAGGCCGAACUCAGAUAAACGGCACCAACAGCACAAUAUGGCAGACGCAACUGAACGAGCAGCUAAGACCCUUCCCUGGGCGUCAUCCCCUCCAUGGUUCUGAGAUCGUGCCUGCAGCGGUUCUGUUGCACACUUUUUUGAACGCUGCCCCAGGACAUGCACUCAAGAAUGUUUCCCUGCGCGUGCCUGUGGUUGUUGAACCACCGCGAGAAGUACAGGUCCUGCUGGAAAAUAACCAAAUGAUGAUUUCAUCCCGCCUCAUGGGUUCAGCUUCUUCGGGCGCUGAGAUCUCCUGGCUCACUAACACCAAAACCCAAAUUUCACCUGCUGGCGAUCUUGCAUCUUUUGGACGGAUCUAUCUUUGCGAGCUAAAACAGCGAUGCACUCGACCUUUGAGCCCCACAUUCUCCAUCGACUACCUUGCAGAUGUCGGUGUUUCUCAGAUGGGCUUUCCUUGGAAGGUUAUCGAGCACUCUGAAAGCGAUACGGAGAUGCUAGCACUUGUGCACACCGAUCCUGAGCCGGAAUCAAACCCACUUAGCUCGAAGUCUUGGGCAUCCAUGCUUGAUGCAGCAACAUCCGUCAGCUCUACCAUAUUCUAUAAGGACCCGCUGCUUCGUAUGCCAACAGCCAUCGGAAGUGUCACGAUCUCUUCUGAGCAGCCACCAAAGCAAUGUUAUAUUUAUGUAAAGAAGUCUACUGAGGAGCUCGCAGCAGAUAUUCUCAUUGUGGAUCUAUCAGGAAAUGUCGUCGUCGAAAUUCAGACUCUCAAGUUUGCUGGAAUUGAAGGUAGUGCUGGCGAGUCCUAUGGAGAGCUCAUAUACCGCAUGGCAUGGCCACCAGCCCGCCUUGCUGAAGAACCACUCUCUUUCAAGAAGGUGGUCCUGGUAGCAGAUAAGUCUCCUCUUGUGCUAAAAUACCAAGCUCAAUUGAGUGCAUUGGGAAUUGAGCAUGAUAGGAUAACUGAUGUGAUGGAGGGCACUGAUAUCACAGAUGGCAGCUUGUUUGUGAUGAUUGCCAAUGCUGCAACAAGUGCUGCAGAGGUUUAUCCAAUUUCCGAAGAGAACUCUGAGAGACUCCUGAGGACAGUCAAGCAACUGGCCAAAAUUCCGGGCCAGAAGCUAUUCUGCAUCACCAAGGAUGUUCUGAUGGCCCGCGAUCACCAGGCACUCUCACAGUCCUCCCUUAUUGGUCUUGCACGCAUUAUGCAAUCUGAAGAGGGAGAGAUCUUCCAAGGUCUGGUCGACGUCGAAAAUGACCAAAUCCCACUCACAGCUCUGAAAUAUGUCCAAGGCGUUGAUGUUAUUAGGAUCCAAGAUGGAGUUGCCCGUAAUGCACGCCUGCGGCCAUUCGCAUCUGAAAAAUUAGAUAACCCCUCGUCUUUCCAAGUCCGCUCCAAUGGCACUUACUUGAUUACCGGCGGCCUUGGAGCAUUGGGAUUGGAAGUCGCAACAUACUUGGCCUCCCAAGGUGCUAGAAGGUUGGUUCUCGUGUCCCGUAGACAAGUUAUUCCUCGACGAGCCUGGGUUGAAGGAAACUUGGAGACUGACAGGAUCCGAGCUCUGGAAGAUAUGGGUGUCUCGGUACACCUAGUAUCCGUCGACAUGUGUGCCACCGACGCAGCGACUAAACUCCAAGGGGCCCUUGAUGAUCUUCACUUACCACCCGUCCUCGGGGUUGUUCAUGCAGCAGGCACGUUGGCUAAUCAACCGGUAAUGGAGACAACUCCCGAGGCUUUCAACUCCGUGAUCUCGCCCAAGAUAAACGGCGCGAUAGCUCUCAACAAGAUGUACCCACCAAAAAGCAUUGACUUCAUGGUUCUCUUCUCCUCAUGUGGCCAGCUACUCGGCUUUCCUGGUCAAGCUGCCUACGCAAGUGGCAAUUCGUUCUUAGAUGCUAUGGCAACACAUCGACAGGCUCUCGGAGACAUGACCAUCAGCAUGCUGUGGACAAGUUGGAGAAGCCUCGGAAUGGCUGCUAGUACCCGCUACAUUGAUGCUGAGCUUCACGCUCGUGGUAUUACUGACAUCACUCGCGAUGAGGCUUUCGUAGCAUGGGAGCGGAUCUUCAAGGCUGGCAUCGACCAAGCAGUAAUCCUGCAUACUCUUCUUGUGGAGGCCGAUGAAGCUGCGCCGCACCCCAUCGUCAGCGAUAUUAUCACUCGGCGCGCUGUUACUGCCAAGAACACCGACGAAAAAUGUGCCGAAGUUGUUGAUCCUUCCACCCUAACUGGUGCACAGCUUGAAGCUUCGCUGAACAAGAUCAUCACUGGAUGCGUUGCGUCAACGCUCUCUCUUUCUGAAUCAAGCGUUGAUCCGCACAUGGCUCUCUCGGAGUUGGGAAUGGACUCUGUGAUGACGGUAGGGUUACGAAUGAAGCUUCAACAGGCACUCAAGGUCAAGGUUGGACCGACAUUAGUGUGGAAUUGCCCUACCGUUGGCCAUCUUGUACAUCAUUUCAUUAAGGAGAGGUCCACUUAA